GAUGGAUUGAAGGGCUUUCAGGGGGCUGUCAAACUCCCACAGACACCGACUCACGCACAGCAGAGCGACUCUCGCCACAAAUUUUACUCAGUCCGUCCGAACAUAUUUGUCGCGCUACAUACUUCUUGGAUUAAGCUCAGUCAAAUCAUGGAAAGGAUCCUCUCAAGCCUAUAUGCCCCAAAGAAGUUGUCAGUCGGUGACCAGUGGCGAAACCUUUUCGACUCUACUCUUCUCGAACUGAAGAGUUGGUUAUAUGGCCUAUGCACAGAGCUCAAGCCUAUCAAGGGCGGAGUCCCUAACAAAUCCCCACAGCCCUACACGCUUUGCAUGCUCGCCUCAACCACCUUUGCAACAGGAUGA